GAUAUAUCUGAAGUUACUGGAGUUCCAAUGGAUGAAAUGGCUACUCGGAUAGUUCGUAUCUAUAAGCCUGCACGUAACGCUAUGCAGUCUGGUACUUAUGCUACACGUCUGUGGAUCUUAGAUUUUGAUAACCAAGAAAGAUGGGAAAAUCCACUGAUGGGCUGGGCUUCCAGUGCUGAUCCGGUGUCGAACGUUUAUGUACAAUUCGAUAGUAAAGAAGAGGCUAUUGCAUUCGCAGAGAAAAACGGUUGGACUUAUACUGUUGAUUCGCCCCAAUUACCAACAAUGGUACCCAAGACAUACGGUGCAAACUUCUCAUGGAAUAAGAAAACCAGAGUGUCUACUAAAUAA